AUGUCUCAAUCUGUUAAUUCCUCAUCUCAAUCUCAUGUUAUUGAUAUUUCAAAUCCAUUCUACCUUGGUUCUUCCGAUAAUCCAAGUAAUGCUCUUGUUUCUAAUCCUCCUAAUAAUUCUCCAUUAUUUGCAAAUUGGUCGAGAGUAAACUCCAUGGUUAUCAGUUGGAUACUCAAUUCAUUACAUCGUAAUAUUGCUGAUAGUCUUAUUUUUCUCCCAACUGCUUAUGACAUCUGGAAAGAACUUAAUCACCGAUAUGAACAAGCAGAUGGUGCUCAGAUCUAUCAAAUUCAACAACAACUUUACUCUCUGUCUCAAGGAUCCGACGAUUUUUCAACUUACUUCACCAAAUUGAGUAAAAUCUGGGAUGAACUUCGUCUUGUUCAAAACAUUCCUUCAUGUACAUGCGCUGCUGCUACAGGUAUUGCUAAAUACCUUGAUGAACAACGAUUGAUUCAAUUACUAAUGGGAUUGAAUGAUACUUAUAAAGUUCUUCGUGGUCAAAUCCUAAUGAUGAAACCUCUGCCGAAUAUCUCAACUGUUUAUUCUAUGAUUGUUCAAGAAGAAAGACAGAGAGAAAUCACUAUUCCUACUAACAUCAAUCAUGACACAAUUGCAAUGAACGUUUCACACAAUUCUUCUUCUAAUUUCUCCAAGAAAUCGUUAGUUUGCACUCAUUGUAAGAAGACAGGGCAUUCCAAAUCUCAAUGUUAUCGACUAAUUGGUUUUCCAUCCAAUUUUAAGUUUACGAAGACAAAGAAAGAUGAGCCAAAGUCUGUUGUUCAAAUCGCUACUUCUGAUGCUUCUUCUGCAAUUUCUCAAGAAUAG